AGCAGGCGUUCUUCGGAGUCCCUCGACGAGAGAGGAUAGACAUGGUGCGAGCCUUCCACACGGUGUGGAGCUUUGCCACCAUGUGGUAACCGAUACGCUCCAUCGGUCGUUCACGAAGUGUUGGGUUCCAAAAAAGAAAUUCUUCUUUCGGAAUCGGGAGACUCAGAUCGAGAGAUUGGAUAAUCUUCAGUGUAAGACAGGGUCAAAGAAAACAAGUGCAAGUGAAGAAAAAAAUAAAAAAAGCGGCGGUCUUUUAAAGAUACAAAAGAUAGAAAUCCCAAAGCUUGACAAUAACGGAACUAGGACGGUAUUUCUAAGUUCGAACACGAUUUUAUUAGUCACCGAAGUGACAAAACCUUAUCAUGUCGCGAUAACGCACGACUACGCUAACAAGACGUUAUAGCUUCUUGCAAUAGUUUCGAGAGUACAACCGCAGGUUCGAUUUUUGCUGUUCUGAAUAUGUAGAUUACAAGUGCGCGAGCGUUUUGUGAUUGUGGAAUUGGAAGAUAAUCAACGACGAACAAUAUCUAAGCGGUGAUACGGAAGCAACCACCUGUCGCGACGGUACCCUCAAUUGUGUUAUGGUGCUGAGGACUACCUCGGUCAUACGAGGCAGACGAAGAGGUCGCAGGAGAGUGGGCGGCAGGAAUAGUGUCCUGGCUGGUUCCUCCUGAGAAAUCGCUCGCAUUGCUUCGAUCAGCCGAGGAGAAAUCCGGGAAGGUCACGUCUGUUGAAUCGGUGGCGAAAUCAGCGUGGGGUGAAGGAAUUUAUUACAUCUUAUCUCACUGCAACCACCAAACUACAAGACCGCUUGCAUCCUUUGUGGAAAUGGAAAACGGAAUAAAGUUGAUGAGCAGAUUGAAAUAAAUUCACAUGAAUGCGCAAAAUUCUAAAUGAAACGCACACCGUUUGCAGAGAUCAAUUGUCGAUAAACGGAGUCACCUAGUGAACUUUGCGCACUUGAUCUCUACCAAUUUCUAAUCGUUCGGUAAAACGAUGGAUACAUCGAGGCCGUGUCAUUGGCUUCUAGCUGCAGUCAUCCUGAGUCUUUCCUCGAGCUUGAUGACGAGCGAGGUAGAGCAAUUUACGAAAUCUGAUUCCUCGGUUGUCGAUGUGCGAAGAGAUGAAACCAAUCAUACUGAGGUGGUGAUAAUCCGCCGGCGAAGAUACGUGCGAUUUCCAACAGGAUCUGCUUAUCUCCUUGAGGCCGGUUCAACGCCACAUGGCAGGAAUUUUGGACCGCAUCCGGUCACACGUUUCAUUCCACAGACUCAGUUCCCAGGGUCGUGGAGACAACACAAGUCCUUCUGGAGAACUCCCGCCGAUUACAACAGGCCGGUGAUGUCCCAUCGGACACCACGACUAAUAUUCCGUGACAACGAUUUCCUGCCGCCGGUCGGAGGUGGUGCGGCUUCCUUUUUCCAGCAGUCUAACCAGUUGCCAGAUUUCGAGGACGAUAUCAGAGAUCUCCGAAAACAGAUGCCGGAUGAUUACCCUAGAUUGGAAACAGAGAUGCGUCAACAAAAAAGACCGCUGUGGAAAGGCGACGAUACAUUGUGUGCGGACGGACGGAGCUGCGAAUUUUUUCUAAUGUGCUGGAUGACUGCUGGCCUAUUGGACGGCAGCUGCGGCGGCAUUAUGUACGCGUGUUGUCAGCGGAAAGACCCCACUAAAGCUCUCACUGAUUAUAACCUGAUCGAGUCACCUAGAGAUCAAUCUCGGCCACUUCCACUGGAUUUGUACACGGAGACCGACAGCGACGAUCGUUGCGGCAUACCAAUCGUCUCGAAACAAAUUGCGCAGAGGAGGAUCGUCGGCGGUGACGAGGCUGGUUUCGGUAGUUUUCCGUGGCAGGCUUACAUACGGAUUGGUUCUAGCAGAUGUGGCGGCACUUUGGUCAAUCGAUUUCACGUUGUCACCGCUGGGCAUUGCGUUGCAAAAGCGUCGGCGAGACAAGUCCAGGUUACUCUCGGCGAUUAUGUGGUGAAUUCCGCGACCGAAUCUCUGCCAGCUUAUACUUUUGGAGUUCGAGAAAUCAGAGUGCAUCCUUACUUCAAAUUCACGCCACAGGCAGACAGGUUUGAUGUGGCCGUGCUUCGAUUAGAUCGACCGGUUCAUUACAUGCCCCAUAUAGGACCCAUAUGCCUACCAGAGAAAAAUGAAGAUUUUUUAGGGCAAUACGGCUGGGCUGCAGGAUGGGGUGCUUUGCAAGCAGGUUCUAGAUUACGACCGAAAACGUUGCAAGCGGUAGACGUGCCCGUGAUCGAUAAUCGUCUCUGUGAGCGAUGGCAUCGGUCCAAUGGCAUCAACGUCGUCAUUCAUGACGAGAUGAUGUGUGCCGGUUACCGCAGCGGCGGUAAGGAUUCGUGUCAGGGUGACAGUGGAGGUCCGUUGAUGUUGGAAAAAACUGGUCGAUGGUACCUCAUCGGCAUUGUCUCCGCAGGUUAUUCCUGCGCACAGCCAGGCCAACCAGGGAUCUAUCAUCGCGUGGCCAAAACUGUCGACUGGAUCACGUAUGUCAUAAACUCGUAACGCGUCCUCAACCGCGGAAGAACUAUUCUCAGGAGGAGAGAUCUUGAGAAUCCUGAAGAGCCACGAACUUUGCAUGACACAAAGUUCGGGUAUCCUUCAUGUUAGAGAAUGAUUUCCGGGAUCUAGAUCUCGUCUGAGAAAUUAUUCUUCGAGUGAUCAGUCUGAGAAGCAACAUGACAAAAGAGUUUAACGACAAGGUUAAUUUAAACUGACUCUUAGAGAACGGACCAUGCCUAAAAAAA